GUAAUGGAUGGAUUUGGAAAUGAUGUUGUUGCAGAGGAUCUCGCGGUCAGAGAUGCUGAUAGAUACUCGGACGAUUUGCUGGUCAUUUCUGCUGGACAGCAUUUAAGAUCAUUGAGACACGGCAUUUGUAAACCAUUUUCUGAAGGUUGUUCAUCAUCUUCAAAACCUUGUAUUUCCGAUCGAAACCCUGGAACCUGUGAAAGAAGAGCCUCAGAGCCUACAGAAGAUACAAGAUCUGAAAUUGUAGAAACCAAUUUCAAUUAUGCAGAUGUCCUCUUCAUUUUUAAAGGGUUGAGACUACCAUUACACGGUUUACAAUUUGCUUGGGGAUUGGCAUUUUCUUGUUGGAGAAGUUCUGUCGUGUACGUUAGAUGUGCUCAUCUGCGACAAAGUAUAAUGCCGACAAAGCUUAAUAUGCCGACAAAGCUUAUGCAUGAUACAUUCAUGGCUUUUAUUUUACACAUGUUGUUCCAUUACACAUGGAUUGAGUUAGGGCCAAAAUCUUUAUGA